CUACACUCCACCACUACGGUCACAUCCCUAGCUCGAGGCAAUCUUUUUCAUUCAUCAUAACUUCUUUACCAUCACCUAAAUAUGUUAUACUGAUUUAAAAGUCAAUAAUUUAAUUAUAUCAUUAUUAAUUAAAUUAAUGAUCAAAAUAUUCUUAUAUACAUAGUUUAAAAAAAAAAGAAACAGUAAACUCCGUCUCUCUAAUUCAAUUAAUUGUUGUUCACCAAUAUAAUAAUAAGCUCAUAAAAUAUUAAAGAACAAAUAAUUUUAUUAAAACAUAUAAGAUGGGUGUUAUAUGAUUGCUUUAUAAUAAGUACCUCGUUGGGUUAUACCUCUAAUUAGUAGUAUACAUGUUUUUAAAAACCUAUAUCUACUAUGUAUGUCUGGCCGUUAUCUAUUGUUUAUUCAGCACUGUAACUCUAGAUGAUUAGCUCUUUUAGUGAUUAUUAGUUAGUGUUAGGUUAUUUUGUUGAAAGUUACUGUUAAUAUUACUGACUAUUGUUAUUGUUUUUCUUACUGUGAUAAAUAAAUUUAAUCUUCCGCUUUUAUGUUUAUUUUUUUAAACAUGGAAUGAAAGUAUGUACUCAUGGAUGACUCUUGUCAAGAUAGACAAGAUAACGAACGUGCUGCUUUGAAGGCCAUUUAUGGAGAUCAGUUGCUAGAAAUUACGAAUGAAAAUAAAAAUGAAUGGACACCACUUGAAUGUAUUUUGACGCUUUGUCCUCAAGGAAUAAUCGGUCAUCAACCUAAUAUUCCCAGUGUUGACCUGCACAUCGUCUGUCCAGAAGAUUAUCCAAAUGUAUUGCCAUUUAUAUAUCUCGAGAAUUGGAAAAAAAUAUCCAAUGAAAAGAUCUACCAACUUGACAGAGAGCUUGCCUCAUUAUCGGAACAACUUCAAGGAGAAGUUAUGAUUUUUGAGCUUUCACAAUAUAUUGAGAAAUACUUGCAUACUUAUGACCAACCUGAGUUUGAAUCAUUUUAUGAAGAAAUGGUGAAGAGACAGGAACAUCAACGGGAAAAGGAAUUAAAAGAAUUAAAGAUUAAAAAGGCUGAAGAAGAUAAAAAACGUGAAGAAAUGCGAUUGGAAAUCCAGGUUAAAGAGCAAGCUGUCAAAAAGGCAUUACGGCGUAGACAGAAUUCUGUUCAAAGCCUUGAAGGGGAAGUAGAAAGUGCAACAAUAGAAGAACGGAUUGAAACUUUUUAUGGUAGAAGUGAUGAGAAAACUAUUUCAUAUGAUUCUGGUAAAAUAGAAGGACCGGUCAAAGAAGAAUACAAACCAUGGAAGGUUAGUGAGAAAGGCCAAUCAAGAUUUGAAAAUGAAUUUGAACACAUCAAGUGGUUAGGCAAAGGUGCCUUCGGUGAUGUUAUUAAAGUUAGAAAUAAAUUGGAUGAUGGGUUAUAUGCCAUUAAAAGAAUAGAAUUGAAUCCUUCUGAGAAGCAGUUAAACAAAAAAAUUACCCGAGAAGUAAAAUUACUAUCCAGGUUAAAUCAUGAAAAUGUUGUGAGGUAUUACAAUUCAUGGAUAGAAAGCUCUGAUUGUAAUUCAUCUAAGGAAAAAACUGAAAAUUCUAUGAUAAAAGCUAAGAAUAUUAACAAUCUGGCACUAGAAAUGUUACCUCAUCAUGAACCUAGCUUUGACUGGAAUGUUGAUGAAAGCAACAGCAAUUCUGAAGAAAGUUCGGAUGAAGAUUGGGUGAUGUUCCAGUCUACGUCCAAUGAAAAUUUUAAAAUGGAUGGGAAUGGAGAUUUGAUAGAACAAAGUAUUGACACUAGUGGGAAAACUACUUUGCAGUAUAUGUAUAUUCAAAUGGAAUUGUGUGAUAAAAGUACAUUACGUAUUGCUAUUGAUGAUAAUUUAUACAGUGAUAGUAACCGAGUGUGGAGAUUAUUUCGUGAAAUCGUGGAAGGUCUGUGUCAUAUACAUUUACAAGGAAUCAUACACAGAGAUUUAAAACCAGUUAAUAUAUUUAUUGGGUAUGAUGAUCAUGUGAAAAUUGGUGAUUUUGGUCUGGCUACUACGAUUGUUUUGCAAAAACAAUCAGUCCGUGAAACUAAUAAUAUGGCUGAUUUAAAUGAAAAAAAUGAAUUAACCACUUCAUCUCAUCAAAAUGAUUUUUCUCAUACUGGCCAAGUUGGAACAACUCUUUAUAUAGCACCAGAAUUAAAUAGCUCAAUGUUGAAAUUUUCUUAUAAUGAGAAAGUUGAUAUAUUUAGUUUAGGAAUCAUAUUUUUUGAAAUGUGCCAUGCUCCAAUUACCACAACUAUGGAAAGGUUUCAAAUGUUAAGUGAACUGAGAAAACCAUCUCCUGUUUUCCCCCCUGAUUUUCCAUAUGAUGAAAAAUCACCACAGCAGAAACUGAUCAGGUGUAUGCUUCAACAUGAUGUUGAUCAAAGACCAACAUCUCAAGAAUUGCUUCAAUGUCAGUAUAUUCCUCCUCCAAAAUUAGAAGAAGCAGAAGUUAAAGAAAUGGUUCGCCGUACUUUAAUGAAUCCACAAAGCAGAGAUUAUAAAUAUUUGAUUGCUUCUUGCUUCAAUCAGGCUGUUCAAACAUCCUUGGAUGCUACUUAUAACAUAUCUUCUUGGAGAUCUGCUUCAUUUACCUUGGCUUUGGAAGUUGCAGCAAACAAGCUGAGGAAUAUUUUUCAAAAUCAUGGGGCAGCUUCUUUUUUACCUCCUCUUCUCACACCAGCUAAUCAUUUAAUGGAAAAUGCUGUGUGUUUUAUGACCAGAUUGGGAAGUAUUGUCCAUGCUACUCAUGAUUUACAAUCUCCUUUUGCAAGGUAUUUGGCGCAUAACCCCAACAUUGUGCAAUUGAAGAGGUAUGCUAUUGAUAAAGUUUAUAGAGAAAGACCUGCUGGAGUUCAUCCUAAAGAAAUUUAUGAAUGUGCAUUUGAUAUUGUAACACCAACACUAGAAGAAUUGCUUCCUGAAUAUGAACUUUUAAGUGUAAUUUGGGCAAUACUUACUGAAUUUUCUAGUGUUUUAAGAAGAAAUUGUAUUAUAAAUUUAAAUCAUUCGUAUUUAGUUUCUGCCAUGCUGAAGCAUUGUGGUCUGGAUGAAUCCAAGCAUAGGAAUAUAUGUGCUAGUAUAUUCCAAAAAAAGACAUUUUAUCAUACAAAAUCUGAACUAGAGUGUUAUUUGAAAUCUUUGGGCAUAUCUGAGAGAAUAUCAUCAAUGUUAAUCCAGUGGAUGGAAAUUGAAGGUCCUCUAAAUAAAGUUUCAUCAGUCAUUUAUUCCCUUAUAAAAAAUGAUGAAACUAGAUCUGUUAGUCAUGCUGGUUUUAAGCAACUAGAACUUAUUCUUAAUUUUUGUGAUAUCAUCGGAAUAACUUGUCCAGUAUUAAUUUCCUUAGGUCACUUGAAGAAUGCUCAUUAUUAUUCUGGAUUAAUGGUGCAAGUGAUUUGUAGUCAAAAAAAUAGACCAAAAGAAACAGAACGUACUAUUCUUUUGAGUGGAGGGAGAUACGAUAAUUUAUUACAACUUUUGAAAGAAAGUCUUCCACGAGAUGAUGGAAAGUGUAACCAGUAUGUAAUUGGUUUUACUAUGUCUGUUGAUAAAUUGAUUUUUUGUUUGGAAGGAGAAGAUAAAUUGUCUCAUAUAGAUGCCAUGGUAUGUGUAAUUGGUAAAAUUACAAUGUCACAUGAUAAAUUGUCUCUUUUAAGAGAUUUAUGGAAACAUGGUAUCAAAACAUCUUUUGUGCAAUCAAUACAGACAUUAGAAGAAAUCCAGUGCCACUGUAGAAAUGCUGGAAUACCUGUUAUUAUAUUAAUAAAAGAAACAGAAGCUGGCUUUGCUAGAAUUAGGACCCUUACAAAGGAUAGAUUUUAUGAGAAAAAAGUUCCUAUCAGCGAUGUUGUUGAAUAUAUACAUAAAGCUAAGAGUCAGACUUUAGAUAAUGUAGGCUGUGUAAAGACUGAAGUAAAAUCUCAUUCACCCACUGAAGGCCCAUUAAUAACAUUUGUAACCCCAGAAAAAUUAAAUCAAGGUGCUAAGCGAAGAUAUGAAAGUCAGAUAUUGAAUAAUCUAUCAGCUGUUUUUAUGAAGUUUUCUACCAAAGUUAAGAUUGAAAUUUUCGCUACACCAUUUGACAGUGAAUUGUUGAAAGCAGUUGCUAACAUUGUUGAUUCUAAGACAAAGUGUGAAAUAGACUUGAGCUCUCUAAUAAAAAAAUACCCUCGACAUAAAAAAUGUAUACAUAAACUAAUUGAUCAUGUUGAGGAUUCCCGACAGUCUGUGCAUACAUGGAUAAAUAUAAUAUAUAGUCUUCAAGAUGGUAUUUAUAAGGUGCUGUUAUAAUUUUGUGAUAUUUCCCACCAAAUUGACUUUAUUUUUAUUGAAUGUUAAAUUAAUUUUUGUACUUAAAAAAUAAAAUAAAGCUAUAAAAAUUGA